ACAUGAACGCAGUGGACUUUCCUUCCGAAUCAGCGUCAGAAGCUUCAGAGACCUCCUGAAGACCCGUGACAACUUCUCAUUCUCUCACGCACUUCCCUAUCCCCUCUUGAAGCUUCUCAGUGCGGUCACUCGAUCCGCUCGAUAGAGUCAACGGUUCGACAUGGUUGACAUGAAGAUUGCGUCCUUUGACGAGGUGAUAAUUUAUCCUCUCUCGCAUUACGCUACAGUCGAGCGAGAAGCUCAGCCUGAAGAAGACACUUCCGUGCCUACUCGAGUUUCUCGACUCGAGACUCAGUACGCCGAGACGGGGAUCAGGCGAUCGGUUGACGCCGUCAUGGUAGUGUUGCACCAUGGCGUCCCUCACGUCCUCACUCUUCAAGUCGCGAAUGCAUUCUACAAGCUUCCCGGUGGUUACCUCGACUCAUCCGAGACCGACGCAGAAGGCCUCAUCACUCGGCUCAACGAACAGCUUGGUAUUCCCAAAGAUCAUGCUGGACAACUUUGCGGUCCCGAAAACCCCAAUGCGGCCUACCACAUGAAUCCAAGUGGAGAUUGGAUCGUCAAGGAGUGCUUGAGCUCGUGGUGGAGACCUAAUUUCGAUACCUUUCUUUAUCCCUACCUCCCUGCUCAUAUAGUCGAGCCUAAGGAGAUCAAACGUCUUUACCUGGUGGAGCUCCCAUUUCAGAAGGUCUUCGCGAUCCCGCAAAACAUGUCGAUGCGUGCUAUUCCCAUUCACGAAUUCUACGACAACGCGUCGCGAUACGGUCCGCAGUUUGCGGGACUUCCAUACCUAUUGAGCAAGUAUUGGCUCCCUGGGCAUGGAAAAGCUUUCAAGGCCGCCACUGAACACUCGGUGUUCAAGCAGCAGGAGCCCUCCUUCACCUGAUAUUUUGGGCUAGGUGAUGCAGGUUUUUAUGAUUCUUCGGGU